UCUGCUGGGGACUUGUGAGGCAUGCCCUUGAGGAGAAAAAACCCCAAACCUCCAGCAGCUUGCUGAAGCUGAGGAGACGUCCAAAGGCUGUGAUGUUGGAGGAGAGGGAAGCAGCACCUCAUGUGCAUCGAAUCAGUGCUGGUGGAACAGUGAGAAAUCAAAUGGCUGGGACAGAGGAGCUUCAGUCACCUGUCUUCAGGCAGAGCAGCCCCCUGAAGGCUGAGGAAAAGAUUGACAGAGCUUCCAGUGCAGCACUUAAACAGAGAGAAGGAAGCAGCUCUGUACCUCCUGAGACAGCACUGGAGGUUAUCCAAGAUGUGAUUGAUGACAGCAUCCUUCCAGGAAUGCCUGAGCUGUUCCUGUCUGCACCAAGGGACAGCAGUGAUGUCUGGCAGCCUGAAUCCCCCAGUGCUGUGGCCACAUCUGGUUACCAUGAGCCUGCAGGGUCAUGUUCAGAGAGCAGGGACUCUGUUUUACUUGACACCAGUGAUGACAAAGGAAAAGAAUCCUCCAGUGUAAUAAACCCAAUGGAUGGUGAGAGGGGGUGUGAGGAUCAGGGAGAGCUGCAGAGGCUCUUGGAUUUGAUGUCAGAAAAUGAAGUGCUGCCUGCUGAUGGAGAUAGCACCAUGACCAAUGAAAGCAAAAGCCACCAAGGGAAUCAGAGGGAUGCUGAGACCUUAACCCCCCUUCCUACAGAUCUUCCUGUGGGUAGUGCUGGAGAACUGCCUGAGGAUCAACAGCCUGAAAUUCAGCCCAAGCUUUCUUGCCCAGACAAGGUGGCAGCUGAAAACACACUGAAUUCCUGCACUGUGGUCGAGGGACUUCUUUUUCCAGUGGAAUACUAUGUGAGGACAACUCGACGCAUGUCCAGCUGCCAGCGGAAAGUAGACCUGGAUGCUGUGAUUCUCAGCCAGCUGGGCAGGAGUAAGAAAGGCCAGAGAAGUAAGGGCAAGCAGAAAGGUGCAAAUUCAGAUCUCCCCUCCCAGGAAAGAGUUGAAAGAGAUUUGGAGAUGCCAUUCCCUUCUUCUGCUGCAGAAAAUGACCACGCAAAUUCAGGCAGUCCUCACAGAUCUCUUCCUGUGUCCAGCAGCAGCAGCACUUCCCUGGGAUCAGCUUCUCAAAGCAGUGUCAGCAGCACAAAGCGAGACCAGAGACGAUCACAGCGGAAACAGAAGGGCAGCAGGAGGCCUGCCUGCAGCCCCCCUGUGCACCAGCUGUCACAGGAGCUUCCAGAGAGUUUGGAGCUCAUGGCACCAGGAGGAGGCAGCAGUUGGAUGUCAAAUGAGGGUCAGAGUGAGAAGGAAAACUGUGAGGCUAACCUUGAAAAACCAUCCUCAGAUGAGAGAAGGCCAUCUGCUGCUGGAGCUCUGGGGGCUAGAGGGGCAGGAAUGACCAGUGCUACACAGCUGGCAGGUGCUGAUCCUCCUGGGGAAAGCCAAGGGCAUGACAGAUGCUGUAGGAUUACAUCAGAACAGCUUCAGAAUCCACUUCAGAGCACAGAUUCUCUGAAUUCAGGGAGUGAAGCUUUUCCCAGCCACACCAGAGAUGUGGAAGCCAAUUCAGCUGUGAGCCAGGCUGGUAAACAGCCCAUGGAGCACGUUAGGAAUCAGCACGUGGAAGGAGCCUCUGGAGCUGAGCAGCCACUACUGCUUCCUGUCUCUCCACGCCGCUCUCUACGUUCCUCCACAAGACAGAGAACCAGUCAAGCCUCCAAAGAUGGUAGCAAAAGAGGACUAAGCUUGCCAGCAGGUUCAGAGGGUUCUCCUUCCCUUGGCCUCCCUGCUCUGGAUUCCAAUACCUGCAGCUCUCCCUUCUCCUUCCGCAGUCCCCAGUGGCUGGCCUCCAAGCUGGGUAUCACAGACUUCCACUUGCCAGAUGAGGAGUUUGGACAACUAAAACUCAAGAAAUUAGAAUCUUCUGUGAAUGAGUUGGAGGUUUUUGUUCCUAGUGUGGUUGAGGAUGGUGUGGCUUCAGAGGACAGCAAAGAUGCACAAAUGAAUGCAGGACUAAAAACUCUCACAAGUAAUUUGAUUUCACCUCUCAGACGUGGAUUGCUCAAGUUACCUCCUACAGAAAGCCCAACUGCCAGGAAAAAGCUUUCCACCCAUGAACUGCUGUCUACUCCCAUGGGGACUGUCUUGCCUGGUGCUCCCACUCAGCCUGAGACUCAGAUCUCCUCACCCAUUUUCCCUGUCCUGGGGGCAAGCCCAGCUGUCCUACCAUCAGUGCAGGGUGAGCUCUUCCCCAGUGCCUCCUCUGCACCCUGUUCUUCCAGAAGAGCAUCUGCCCAGGUCGUGGAUGAUGAGUGCAGAGACUCCACUGUCCUGCUGCCCUUGGACAGCUGUGCUGUGGGAUCUGUUGGGAAAGAGGAGGAACGAGGUACAACGCUUCCUUCAGAAGCUGAAAGAGGUCUUGAUGAUAAACCUGCUGAGGUUGUGGCUUUGGAGGAAGAUCAGCAGUCAGAAGGUGAACAGCAGAGAUCCUGCAGAGAUUCUCCUGGGCAGAAAAAACAUGUAGCAGAACAGCUGGCUGCGGAGCUGCAUCACAGCCUGGCAGAAGAGAGCCUGCAGCUUGUAUCCAGGCUAAAGGAUUCUUCAAGUUCCUGUGCCGUGGAUGUGAGCACCAUGUGGUGGGAAGCAGCUGGCUGCAGAGAGCUGUGUGUGGUGACUGCCUGUGAGAGCUGUGUCUCCCUGUGGAAGCCUCUGGACUCUGACUGCUGGGGGAAGGUCCAUACCUGGCAACUUGGAGAGGUUCCUGUAAUCCAGAUUGUUCCUCUGCCAGACACCUGUAAUCUCGUGUGUGUAGCACUGGGAGAGCUGGAGAUUGAAGAAAUAAGGCUCUUGCUUUAUUCUCCUGAGAAUGACUCAUUCAAGCAAUCAGUAGUCAAAACUGGGACCAUAAAAGCUGUUCUUGGGCUGAAGGACAGGAGGCUGGUCAGCAGCAGCAGAACCCUGCAAGAGCAGCAGGUGGAAAUAGUGUCACUUUCAGAGACAGGGAGGAGCACGGAUGGACAGACUCUGAUGCCUCCUGAAGAAACUGUUCUGGCUUUUGCUGAAGUAGAAGGAAUGAGAGAGGCCCUGGUUGGCACCACUGCAGUGAACAGCAUCGUUGUUUGGAAUCUGAAGACAGGCCAGCUCCUGAAGAAGAUGCACGUUGGUUAUUCCUACCCAGCUUCCAUCUGCCAUCGAGCGUAUUCCGACUCCGGCCUUCUGUUUGUUGUUUUAAGUCACCCCCACGCCAAAGAGAGCGAGUCCUGUGGAAACCCCGCGUUCCGCCUGGUGGCCUUCAACCCCACAACAGCCAGGAGCAGGGGGGUGAUGGCCUCCUCUCUCCCACCAGGCCACACGGGAAGGUACCUGGAGGGUGAUGUGAAGGAUGCCUCCGCCGCUGCUGUGCUGACAUCAGGUGCCAUCGCGGUCUGGGACCUGCUGCUGGGGCAGUGCACGGCCUUGCUGCCCCCAGGCCCAGCAGGGAACUGGGCACUGGCCCGCUGGGCCACCACUGGUGCCUGCCUGCUGGCUGGGCAGCGGGAUGGCACUGUCUGCCUGUAUCAGUACCGCCAGCCCUGGCCACGAGUAGCCUAGUGGAGAUGAGUAUUAGCAGUGCUGGCGGAGCCUGGCACUUCAACUCAGGUUAACAGGGUGUGUGGGGCAGGGGUUGGGACGGGCACCGGGAGGGCACUGCUGAGCACUCUGGUGUGUGCAAUGACAUUAAAACUGUUUGCUUUGGAAUGAC